CGGCCGCGCGCCACCGCUCUGCUCCGCCGCGCGCCGCUCCGCCGCCCCCCCCCGGCCCCGGCCCGCCGCCGCCGCCAGCCCCGCCGCCCCGCCGCCACCCCGGGGCCGCCAUGGAGACCGGCAGCAAGAUGACGGCUCGCCUGAUGCUCGCCGUGGGAGGAGCGGUGCUGGGUUCCUUGCAAUUUGGCUACAACACUGGUGUCAUCAACGCCCCGCAAAAGGUGAUUGAGGACUUCUACAACCGUACCUGGCUGUACCGAUAUGAGGAGCCCAUCAGCCCCGCCACCCUCACCACGCUCUGGUCCCUCUCCGUUGCCAUCUUCUCUGUCGGAGGCAUGAUCGGAUCCUUUUCUGUGGGGCUCUUUGUCAAUCGCUUCGGACGGCGCAACUCCAUGCUGAUGUCCAACAUUCUCGCCUUCGUGUCUGCCGUCCUCAUGGGCUUCUCCAAGAUGGCUUUCUCCUUCGAGAUGCUCAUCCUUGGUCGCUUCAUCAUCGGCCUCUACUCCGGCCUCACCACCGGUUUCGUGCCCAUGUAUGUGGGUGAGGUGUCGCCCACUGCACUCCGGGGCGCGUUGGGGACCUUCCACCAGCUUGGCAUCGUCUUGGGCAUCCUCAUCGCGCAAGUGUUCGGUUUGGACUUGAUCAUGGGAAACGACUCACUCUGGCCGCUGCUCCUGGGGUUCAUCUUCGUCCCUGCCCUGCUGCAGUGCAUCAUCCUGCCCUUUGCCCCUGAGAGCCCCCGCUUCCUCCUCAUCAACCGCAACGAGGAGAACAAAGCCAAGAGUGUCCUCAAGAAGCUGCGGGGCACGACGGACGUCAGCAGUGACCUCCAGGAGAUGAAGGAAGAGAGCCGGCAAAUGAUGAGGGAGAAGAAAGUCACCAUAAUGGAGCUCUUCCGUUCCCCCAUGUAUCGCCAGCCCAUUCUCAUCGCCAUCGUCCUGCAGCUGUCCCAGCAACUCUCAGGGAUCAAUGCAGUCUUCUACUACUCCACCAGCAUCUUUGAGAAGUCAGGUGUGGAGCAGCCUGUCUACGCCACCAUUGGCUCUGGCGUGGUGAAUACGGCUUUCACAGUUGUUUCGCUGUUUGUGGUGGAACGAGCCGGACGCAGGACCCUCCACCUCAUCGGCCUGGCGGGGAUGGCAGGGUGUGCAGUGCUCAUGACCAUUGCCCUGACGCUGCUGGACCAAAUGCCCUGGAUGUCCUACCUCAGCAUUGUGGCCAUCUUCGGGUUCGUGGCCUUCUUUGAGAUCGGUCCAGGCCCCAUACCUUGGUUUAUCGUGGCGGAACUGUUCAGCCAAGGCCCUCGUCCCGCUGCCUUCGCUGUGGCAGGGCUGUCCAACUGGACCUCGAACUUCAUCGUGGGCAUGGGCUUCCAGUACAUCGCGCAACUCUGCGGCUCCUACGUCUUCAUCAUCUUCACAGUGCUGCUAGUCCUCUUCUUCAUCUUCACCUACUUCAAGGUGCCAGAGACGAAGGGUCGGACCUUCGACGAAAUUGCCUCUGGUUUCCGUCAGGGGGGAGCGAGCCAGAGCGACAAAACCCCGGAUGAGUUUCACAGCUUGGGUGCCGACUCCCAGGUGUAACCUGCCGGCGGCUCCUCCUGGCCGCCCACCUUCUCUCCUGAGUUCUCUGGGGUGGAAUUUUUUAAAAACGCUUUGUACAGAAACCAGGAAGGAGGGAGCAGGGGGUCCGGCUCUUGUGCAUACACCCCUUUUCCAGACUCCCCCACUGGUUUAUCGGGGACAGACUGACCUAUUUUAUUAUUUUUAUUUUUAUUUUAUUUUUUUUCUGCUAGAAACGAUUUUUUUUUUAUUAUUAUUUUAUUAGCUGGUUUCGCGUCCAGGAUUUCAAAGCCAAUAGAUGGUUUAAAAACCAACCACGCGGCCUCCGCCAGCGGGAGGGCGGCUCCCUUUUUUUAAUGACGCGAUAGGUUAUUUAAUGAGAAAUCACGUAGCGGAAGUUUUUAAAGGAAAACUUUUAAAGGAAGCUUUUUUUUUUUUUUAAUGUUCUAAUCAUAGAAAAAUCAAAUUGACUAAAUCUAAACCAACGAUUUUUUUAAAAGGAAAAAAACCCAAACCCAACGAGUUAUUUUUGAAAACAGUUGAAUUUGAUUUGAAGCCCCUGGUGGGUUCGCGGGCGGGCGGUUUCCCUGCAUCGGGGGAGCGCUGAGGAUGGAGCGGUCCGGACCCGAGCGGCUGGAGAGGUCGAUGGCCUGUCGCCGGUUGCGGAGCGUCGUCUCCGCCAGCGGCUUUUCGUCUCCCUUCGCCCGAAUUUCAGCUGGGAGGGGACAAGGGGAGAGGGGGUGUGUCUCUCUCUCUCUCUCUCUCUUUCUCUCUUUUUUUUGGUUUAAUCUCGGCAAUAUUUGCCUGACGGUGAAGCGCCGGCAGCCACACCCUACAGCAACACCCCCCUCUCCAUCGCUACCCCCCGCCCCAAAUCCCAGACUCACCAAAAUCCACCAUCACGCGGAUACAUCCAUUUCCUGCUCUGUGUAUAGACUGGAAGAUAUUUAUAUUAUAUAUAUUUUUGUUCAAUGGUUGUUAAUAGUAGACAUUUAAGUUAUAGCGUUUCUGAUUUGACAAGCAAAGUACUGUAAAUAUUCUCGGAGUAUAUUCACACUGUAUAAUGUAUACAAAAAGGUACAGAUGCAAAGGUAUAGUUUCUAUAGCGACUAAGAUAAAGCUUGUACAUGGUUAGGAUGACUUUUGUAUAGUUCAUUACCUGCACUGUAGUUGUAUCUAUUGCACUGAAUUCCAGGCUGUAGUAUAUUAAAGAAGAAAAGAAAAAAAAAAAAAAUAAAGAAGAGAAAUACUGUCCGUUUCAAACAAAAGUGAAAAGAAAGGAAAAAGGAAAAUAAAUAAAGCCUCCCCUCUCCCUGCGGGCAGCUGCUGGGGGAGCUACUGGCACAUUCCCAAAGCCACAGGCAGGUUUUUUUAAAUAGUACUUUUUUUUUUAAUUUAUUUCUCUCUUUUGGAAGUGACCACACUUGCAAAAAAAUAAAGGUGGGGGAAAAAAGUAUAUAUAUAUAUAUAUAUAUAUAUAAAAAAAUACCCUUUGAUAAACUUGUCGCAUCUCUGCGCAGCAUGGCGCCUGAGGAAUGUGUGUGGUGGGGUUUUGGGGUUUUUUUUUUUGUUUUGUUUUUUUAAAACAACUACAGACAACUAAGUGCCAAGAGGAAGGUGUGCGGUGGUGGUGUGCUCGCAAUAAAUGAGAAUGGAUGCAGCGACCCGG